AUGCCUACUUCUCAAGCUUCGUAUCCACAACAGUCGCCUGAAUCUGCCCCUAAGCAGCAUUUAACCUCGACGCUUUUGAACAAAUGUGGAUUUCCUAUUGUCUUGACUUUAUCUGUUAGUUCGCUUGGAUGGUUGCUGGACUUUGUUGGGGUUUGUAUUGCUCAGCAGCAACAGAACCAGUUUGUUUACACCAUCAAUCCACUACGAUUUCAAUGGUUUUUUUUGGCAGUCUAUCUCGUGUCUAUUGUUGGUAUGAUUAUGGUAGUGCUAAAUGGCUGCAUUGCUGUAUAUCGCUUCCCAAUUAUAGCAAGUAUUGUUCUUUGCAUUGCUUUUGGAGUUGAAGAUAUGGAUUCUGGAGUGAUUACUUCCCAGCUAUCGAAUGGAAUAUCGGCUUCUGCAGGUGGACUUCGUGCUGCAGGCGUUUUCUGUAUUCUAGCUGCCAUGUUUAUCAACGUGUUUCUAUUUGGUGUUGAAAAAGGUGCUGUUGAACUCCCGCCAUUUAUGCUUCGCGUUCCAAACCCAAUACAAAAGACUGACCAAGGCAACUCGCAUCUCCCAAGCCAUAACGUAAAUGCUUCAGCACCAUCUCAUCACCAUGCCAAUUCAGAUCGCCAAUCUAUGUCCACCCAGCAUGUACCACUAACGAUACUACAGAGCACGACACCCAAUAAUGGCGUGGUACCACCACCAAAAUCUGGCGAACACCCAAGUUCAUUUAUUGAGAUUCCAAUGAGCGACCAAAAACGCGUUGGAGGUCCUAGACCCGAUUCUGAUAUGAGCGUUGGUAGUAAUCUUAAUAAUGGCGUAUAUAUGCAUCGUGUAAAAGCAGUCUAUUCCUAUAAAGCAAACCCUGAAGAUCCGACAGAGUUGACAUUUGAAAAAGGAGAUACACUUGAAGUGGUGGACAUACAAGGCAAAUGGUGGCAAGCACGUCAAGUCAAAGCAGAUGGACAGACUAAUAUUGGCAUUGUUCCGAGCAACUACAUGCAGGUGAUCUAA